UGUCAUGGCGGUAAUGUUGGAUACUAAUAACAUAGGGGUUUCACGGGCUUGAUUUAUUGUACUAUUCAGGCAUUGUGGUUGUUCGAAUUCUGUUUCAGCCAUAACCUAAAUCAUUCACCUCUGGUACACAAGAAAAAUAUGAGUGCAUAAUUUCCAGUAUUUGCUGGUCUUCGAGUUUCGGUCAUUUACCCGUCUAAUGUUUGGUUUUCGACUUAUGAUUAUUUACUCAUAUGUGAUAUGGCAAAAAGGGUCGCCAGUUCAUUGUACCAAUUUCGAGAAACUUUUCGUGUAGUAAAUAAAGACGUGCUGCGAUGGUUCCCGGGUCAUAUGGGGAAAGGUUUAAAGCAGAUGCAACAAAGACUGAAGCUGGUAGAUUGUGUGAUUGAAGUCCAUGACGCUCGUAUACCUUUGUCUGGACGUAAUCCUAAUUUCCGCUACACUGUGAGUGGAGUGAAACCACAUAUAUUGGUUCUAAAUAAGAAAGAUCUUGCAGACUUGCAGAUGAGAUCUGAAAUGGAAGACAUUUUAAGGAAAUAUGGCUAUCAUCACAUAAUCUUUACUAACUGUAAAGACAAUAAAUGUCCAGGUGUAAAGCAGAUCAUUCCUACUGUAGCUGGAUUAGUUUCUGCAUCUGAAAGGUAUAAUCGAAGUGAAGAAAAGGAUUUCUGUGUUAUGGUGAUUGGUGUACCUAAUGUAGGAAAAUCAUCCCUUAUAAAUGUGCUUCGAACCAAGCAUCUCGGUAGAGGAAAAGCAGCUCCAGUUGGUGCGACUGCUGGCAUAACACGGAGUGUUCAAAACCGCAUUAAAGUGUCUGAGAAUCCUCUAGUUUAUUUGCUAGAUACACCAGGCAUUCUGACCCCAAAUGUUCCAGACAUUGAGACAGGACUUCGGUUAGCUUUAUGUGCUUGUCUCCAGGAUCAUUUGGUUGGCAUUGAAACCAUUGCAGAUUACCUUUUGUACUGGUUGAAUAAAAACAAUCAAUUCAGGUAUGUAGAUGUCAUGGGUUUGGAAGAACCAACAGACAGUAUUGGAACGCUUCUCAUCAAAGUUGCUUUAAAGCUAGGAAAGACACAGCGAAAACGUGAUAUUAGUGGUAAUGGUUAUGUGGAGAUACCAGAUUUACCAGCUGCAGCCUACCACUUCAUCAAGGCAUUUCGAAAUGGAGACCUUGGAAAACUAAUGCUUGAUACGCAACAGCAAGCAUCUUAAUGUAGUUCAUAAUUGAGCACAAUAUAUACCCUAGGUUCCUACUGUACAUUUGUAUAUCCACCAUGCAGUGAGAUUCAUGGGAAUAAAAAUGUUUUGCAUUGUUAUAUCAUAA